AUGGCUGUUGUACAGCAGGCAGCGCACAAACACGUCAUCUUGAAGAAUCUGUACAGUGACACGCUGAAUAACUUGGACAAGGUGAUGGAACUAUUCUCUGAUGACGAUGUCCCUAAACUAGAUGAGGACAACAACAUCCUUCCUGGUGAUCUUGACAUUCCCCCAGUUUCAAGCCUUCCAGCUCUUCCUGAAGUUGCUGUGGAUUCAUUGUACGCCGGCCCAGAAAAAGCAGCGGACUUUCAUAACGAUGCCGAGCCUCUGGGCGUCAUCACCGGACCCACCAAGUCGACUAUUUACCACGCAAAGACAGAUAACGAGAACGGACGUUCGAAACAAGAUGCCCUCCAGAUGAAGUUUUCCCCCAAGUCCAGCUGUUUAAGGGAUUACGUGGAUAGAAUGUCAGUCAUGUUGUCUCAGCCCGACGAUGAAACCAUAUCGUCUGUGCCAUGUCAAACUUCUUCAGCGGUCGCCGAAACACCCGCCCCCUCCACCGAUGUCAGCCCUCCCUGUGUCACGGUUGAAGAGCCACAGGAAAACUUAGUGGUCUUCAAUACAACCAUGGAGAUGACUGAAUGUGGCACUCCUGAGAUAGUCACAGAGUAUAAAAACAAAGAUAACCCUGCGCCGGAAGUAAAUCUUCCUCAGUCAUUAAAACCUAAGUCUCGCAGCAAAACCAAACAAAGCGAGGAGCUACCUGCAGAGAAAGAGUCCCCGGAAAAAAAAAGGUCCACCAUCACUAUUAGGAGGUCCAGGAAGCCAAGUCAAAGGGUGCCGUCGGUUACUCGGAUGGUGUUUCCACCUCAUGACAGAGAGGGCAGCAGGUCCAAAGGGCACCGUGAGGAGCAGAAACCAGUAAGUGUUGUAGCACCCGCAGAGGCUGAAGAUCCGUUCCAGUUCUUCGCCACUGUCAAUGAACCACAGAACAACACUGAGACGUCUGGAGCACGUCACAAAUUAAGAUGCGGAAGAACGUUUGUAAUUUCCGUGGAUCCCACAACACCGGCAAGAGAGAAGUUAGAAAUGUUGUCCGACAAUCUCAUUUCUGACGCAGGAUCUGCCCGGAAUUCAGAUCAGGGAAGCCAAGGCAGGAGGUGCAGGGGGGCCGUGGUCAGUUACAAGGAGCCGCCCCUCAACAAAAAAAUAAGGCGUGGAGACAAAUUCACAGACACCAUGUUCCUAAACUCCCCUGUUCAUAAAGAUGGCACUAAGAAGAAGAAGCGGAAGACGCAGUCCAAAGACUGAUUUUUCUUUUUGUAACUAUUGAGACCUUCUUUAUAAUUAAAUGUUGGUUUUAAUCAAACAUGUUUUUGCUGACUGUUUAGCUCGGACUCUUGUUUGUUGGUAAAUGUAACCAGCAGAAUGAUAAAUGAUUCAUUUUGUUCACCCGAGACGCCGCCUUUCGUGUCCGUUAUGUAAAGUCAUCACAUUCAGUACAGUCCUACU